UUGAACUCAAAAUUUGUCCCGAGUCAAGAUCCUCAGAAAGACCAAAUCCUUGGAGGUGAUAUACUGAUAAGAUACUGAUCAUGGCAAGACAUCGUUCAGUGACCUUGUUUUGUUUAGUAUUAGCAUGUGUUAGCGUCUUCAGCCAGAGUGCUUCCAGUUCCACCACUGCGAUAUCAACAGUCGCCACAACUUCGGCUAAUGGAUCAGUUAUAGCAGGAGGGCCAACGGUCCCGGGAGUCAACACUACUUCAACUGUCCCCACACCGAGUGUCUCGCCAACUUCAGCGACGUCUUCCUUGAACCUGGGCCUCUUACAACCUGGCCUGUGGCUGGCCAUAUUGGUUGCAAACUAUUUCAAGCAUGGAAAUAGAUUUGAUAAUCUCGGAUAA